AUGCCAGGAUCGCCUCCACGAAAAUCAGCGUCUACGCGCUCGGCAAGGCAGCCGAGAAGCACUACAUCUGCACGACAGAGGAAAUGGCAUCCCCGUGUCUUCACCGGCUGCCUCAACUGCCGCAAGAGGCACGUCAAGUGCGACGAGCAGACGCCGUCGUGUGCAAACUGUACGCGGCUUAACAUGACUUGUACAUUUAGCCUCACUUUUGUUCCAUUGUCCAUCGAUCAGAACUCGUCGGCUAGAUCGGCAGCCGCCUCGUCAACGAUGGCUAGUCAAGGGACUAGCAAUUCUGACCUGGUUGCGGCUUCAUCGGACGACAAGGGUGGAUAUUUUGAGUGGAAUUUAUCAUCGCCUGACCCGCUGCCGUAUUUGUCUAUUGGGCAAGUCGCUCCGGUGAGAGACAGCAUGGAAGGACCCUCACUCCAGUUCUGCCUACCAGCCCAAGUACAGUGCAGUCAGAAUGCCAUGUACUAUCAGCAUUACCUCUUCACCGUAUCCACACUCCUCAUCAUUUUUGACACGCCCUGCAACUCAAAUCCCUAUCGAGAGCUACUCAGCCUCGUGGGCAAUGAGCAUUCCGCCCUCCUCCAAAGCACCAUGGAAGCACUCGGAGCCAUGCAUUUGGCCAGCCUUCCACAGACACAGAAUCGCUCCAAGCACCGCACCGCGGCCAUCAACAUGUACGCCGGCGUUGUCACGCAGCUUCGGCAAGCUCUCAUUCUAUCCAAAGGACAGGCCGAUAGCCUCGAGCUACUGUCCAUAUGCCUGCUGCUUUGCAUGUUCGAAAAAAAGUCCGCUACCGAUGCGUCCUGGAAGGUCCACCUACGGGGAGCGAGUCAGAUUGUCCAGGCCAUGUAUUCUCCUGGUCUGACUUUGGCCAAUAGAGAUGCAAAGAGCUCACUCACCCUCGGCAAUGAUAAACUGCCUAUACGCCGAUUUCUCGUUUCGCUGCUGUCAUACCUUGACGUCGCGGCUUCUUGCGCCACUGGCGAGGCACCAUUCAUCGCGGGCGACUACUGGGAAACAUUGGGUGGCGGAUGGCAGUACAAUCUGGGCGUGCCAGAUUUUGCAGCGACUCACUGUACAUCGAAUCGGGAAUUGGCCCAGGUACGCAGCGCGUGGUCUAGGCUCAUGUCCAUACAGGCCGAAAUCAGCAGCUUUGCCAAGUUGCAGCGCUCCGGCCUUGACCAAAAACAAAAAGACGCAAUACAUGGCGACCUCGUCUACAGGCUGAAAAACUGGCACGACAGUGCUCCCAAUGUAUUUUUGCAAUUAGAGGGCCUAGACGGGAUUCCCGACGGCGCGACGGACAGCGAGGUCGAUAUCCUGACGGUUACCGCAUGUGUCGAAAGCUAUGCACUGGCAUGCACUGUCUAUCUCGACAGAGUCGCUACGAGAAGGAUCCAAGUUACAGACUGUCAUGGCGAAAUAAAAUCUGCUGUCGAUAGGGUAUUGACGCUGACGCUGAACUUUUCUCGCGGCAUCAACCAACUAGCCGUUGUGUGGCCGUUGCUUACGGCCGGCAUAGCCACAAUUGACCAACAGCAGCAGAACCUAUGUCGCCAGAAGAUAAGUGACAUGAAAAGUUUCGGGUUCAAACAUGUGGCCCGGGCACUGGAAACGCUAGAAUAUUGCUGGCAACAUAUGGCGCAAGACGACAAUAUCGACUACGAAAGAUUUGAAGCCAUGCUGUCUUCGAAUCUAGUCCCAUAA